GGGACAGAAUGGCGAUCAGGUUAACGACGGGCUAUUUCAGAAUCUUAACAAAUACCCUUAAAAAAAGCGGAAUUAUCACCGCUUUCAAACCGUCACAGUGUUGGACAUGCAGAUUAGGGGCAAAAAGGCAUCUGCUUUCAGAGGAUGUGAUUCGGCUGCAUGAAUUCCAGCAAAGAAAAGUAGCUGUUGCUCAUCAGAUAUAUGGAGACAAAGAUAACUAUUUUCAGACGCUGGAUAAAAGGCUGCAGAGGAAUGAGCUUGUCCUUAAAGAUGAAUUAAAACUGGUCUUGCAUUUGUGCCAGACCCCAGAAGAUGUGGAAGUAGCCAAGAAUGCCAUUUACAGGUACCAUGAGGAAAAUGGAAAUGUGGCAUUUGGAGAGUUUAAGUUCGGACCUCUCUUUAUGAGGUUGUGUUAUGAGUUAGGACUGGAAGAGACUGCAGCAGAGCUGGUGAAAGACAAGGCUCUGAAAGGAUUCUUUUCAGAUUCAACUUCCUUCAACAUUGUUAUGGAUAUGUUGUUCAUAAAGGGAUAUUAUGACAGUGCUUUGGAGGUGCUGUUAGACAUGAAGAUCCAAGGAGUCUCAUUCAACAAGGACACAUGCACCCUGGCAUCUGCCAUCUGCUACAAACUGAACACUGCAGAGUCCUACAGAAUCUGCACUCUAAUACUGGAGGAGACCCAGAGUAAAGGAAAGCAUGUUCCUCGACAGGCCUUCUUCUUUGCAAUUGCUCUUGCACUUAAACAGGAGGACGUUGAGAGAGCCCGCUCACUCUACUCACAGAUUAUGAACACAGAAAGCAAAGUUUGCCUAAAUCUUAAAGUUUUACUGCUGGGCUUGUCAGGGGAUCUGAAGGACCUUCUGUCCUUUCUGGAAUCGGCGAUAGUGGCAGACACUCCUACAUUCGUCAAGAAGCCAGCCUUUUCUCAAGAGGUGCUUGAGACAGUCCGAGAGAAGAUGGAGGACAGCACUCAGCUGCACAGUCGAUUCGAGGACAUCUUUGCUAAGCUGCGUUUGUCCGGUCAGGUCACUGAUGUGACUCUGGAUAUAAUGCUGUGUCAUACUCCUAAUGCAAAGAAGAAACACGCGGCUCUUCUGGAUCAGAGGAGAAUCAGUCGAAGGACAUUCAGACCCCUGCAGUCAGCACUGCUGAUUGAGUAGCUGCAUGAAGCCCCCACGUUGAGACACUGCGCUGACCACACAAUGCAAUCCAUUUCACAAAUGAGACCAGACUGCUUUAAAGUAGAAAAACAGCAAGUGGUAGCAACUCAGAAAUAAACUUUGUAGGAAUGUAUUUCAAGAGCCCUAAAUAUUCUUGGGUGGUUUCUUUUUUUGUUUGUUUGUUUGUUUGCUUGAAGCAUUAAUAAUACUGCGUUCAGGUUGGAUUAUGGAAGUGACAUGUCUUAAUCUGGGAAUGCAAUGGAAUCCCUCUGGAAAUGGCUGUUGAGGACUCUUAUAAAAUAAUAGUUAACAAUACAAAUCUACAUGACAAUCACGACGACUGCUUUUGUUUAUAAGGAAUAUCGAGUGUGUGUUAUCUGUUCUUUUCACAAUAGUGUGUCUGGUUGUCCUGUCUAGUUGCUUUCCUUUUAUCAUGCUAAAUGAAUAUAAUACAGCUGCCAAGGACAAAACAUCUUUGUGUAUUCAUCCAUUUAGAUACAUUUUCACUGAAAACACUGAGAUCAUCAAAAAAAUGUUUUAGAACGCCUUGCAGGUGCUUUUUCAAGGACCUCAAGCUGUGGUUUGUAUGCUUUUUAACAUAUUGAGGAUGCUUACAGUGAGUCAGAUGUUUUAGUGGUUGUCUCCAAGAUGCUGAUCGUAUGUAAAUAUCUGCACAUAGCUUCAAGAAUUCUUCUGCGUUUCUCAUAACUUCAUAGCAACUUCACUUAAUAAUCAAACCUAAUUUGGAUCCUAAUUACGUCAUGCUGAGGUUUGACUGAUCUGCCUUCACUGCGGUUUGGGUGCACGGAAUUGGCUAUUUAGUGCUCAGAAUGUUCUUUUUCCCAUACUUGGUUUCAUAGCCAGUACAGUUUAAUAGUGCAGCCUGGAACGCAUCAGUUACUGUACCGCACACCACCCCUUUCAUCGCUCCUAGGCUCCGCCCACAUUGCUUUAUGCCCUGUAACAGAACAGAAAUUCAGAAUAUUCCAGCUGGUGACCAGGGAAUUUUUACAUUUACUGAAAAUCACUUCACAUAAACACAGCAUAGAUGUAUUGUAUAGAGUGUGAAUUAUUCACUACAAUUAUUGGAAAACAUUGUAAUAACCCUUUUUUUUCAGCAGACUUGGGUUCUGCAUUAAAACAUCAUGAGACUUGUUACCUUGUGCAACACAUUUCAAAGGCUUUGCCUCUUCGG